AUGACACUAGAUGCGAAAUUGAGAUGGAAGGAGCAUGUCAAGAAAAAGAAGACUGAACUGGAACUGAAAGGUCAAGUGGAAAGACCAAUGAACCUUGGAUUAAAAUCAUCGUCAUCCUAUCAUCAACAUCAUCAAAUUAUAAUGAUUGCCCAACAUCAAAACGAACGUGCAGCUUUUGUUUCAAUUUUACUAUUUUGUGUCAUCGAAUUUGUAUCAUCAGGACAAACUGAAGUCAAUCAACAGAAAUUAGGAUUUAAUAAUAAUCACAAUAUACUUACAACUAUAAAUAAUCCUGAUAAUAAUAAACUUGCUGAAUAUUAUGAUGCAUUAGUUAAAAAUAAACUAGAUAAUUUGGCAGCAAAUUUAACAGAAAAUGAAUAUCGAGAGAUACAACGAAUUUUUAGUCAGUUUCCAAUUAAUAAUAAUGCAAAUUAUGGAAAUGAUGAUCUAAGACCAUGUACAUGUGGUGUAUUUUUAAGUAAUCAAAUAAGAAAAAAACAUGUAUUAGAUAAUGAUAGCCCAACUAUAACACAAGAGAUUGAUAAAAUAUUUCCAUGUACAAAAAUGGGUGCAAGAAAAUGUCAAAAUGAAUGUUUUCAAUUGUUGUUACAAUAUCUUCCACAAUCAGCAGAAAUCAUAUGCGCUUUAGUUGGUCAAGACAUUCAUAAGAUGAGAGCACAUUUAUUUGUACAAAACUGUGAUUCACAAUGGCAUAAUUCAAAUCUAUCAGCAGGUCGAGAAUAUUGUUGUAAAGGUGGUUUACCAUAUCAUUGUCCUUUAUUUUAA